GGUCCAACCGGGUAGAUGCAUGGGAGUCACCGUGUAGGCAUCCUCCAGACUCCCCACAACACUUUGGGGAUUUUUAUUUUUUAGGAACGCGCCGAGGCUUUUAGACAACUACACCCCGGCGGAGACAAAACAGCCAGUUUUGUCUGAGGCUCGGCUGCGAAGAUGCUGCUCCACAGACUUCUCCUGUGUUUUUCAGUAACAGGUAUUGUCUUCGCGCAAACCGACAGCUCUGGAUUAUUUUACGCGCUGAGAUCAGAACUGUCCGAAGAUGCCAUCUUGGUGGCCAACAACGGAAUACGCGUGCCUUUCGGACGAUCGGUUUUCAUCGAUCCCAUCAAUGAUUUGGUGAUUCAGACGCAGCCGGGAGACCGGUGCAGCAUCACAGUGCUGGAUAACGAUCCGCUCUCGCAGAGACCGGGGCACCUCUCUCCCAAAAAGUUUCCUUGCGAUUUCGGUCCCAGUGAUGUGACAUACUCUCACUACGGAUCGAGGAGCCCGGCUAAGGACAGAGUGAGGCUGCAGCUCAGGUAUGACGCGCAAACCGAAACCGUUAUAAUCCCAUUUAUGAUGGAGGUGGAAGUAGUUUUUACGCAGCUGGAGCUGCUCACUAAAAAUAUGCCUCUUAUUGUUAAUAAUCUCAAAGGGAUCAGUAAUCACAUCGAUAAUAAGAUUUUAGAGUUUACGUAUGACAGAGACUCUCAUAAAUGUGAGGUGACGUCCUUGUCCAGCGGCAGCCCCCUGCCCAGAUACGGAAAACUCAUUGAUGGUGGUAAACUUUCCAAAAUGAUGGACUGUGAUGAAUUCACCCAAGCUGACAUCCGGUAUGAGCACACAUCUGAAGGCAAGUCUCCCAACAGGGACUAUGUUCCCAUGGUUGUAGAGCUUCACGAUAAGGAAGGCAACCUAGUGAAGCAGGAGUAUUUUCAUCUCAUGAUUCGUAUUAAGGAAGGAGAAGAAAACACUCCUCCUAAACCCAGCUUUGUGUCCAUGAUGAUGAUGGAAGUCAGCCAAUUUGUCAUGACUGCCCUCACCCCUGAUAUGCUCGCUGCUGAAGAUGCGGAGUCAGACCCAGAUGAGCUUAUUUUCAACAUAACUUCGACUUUAUCUUACGAGGAGGGCUACAUAGUGAGCACGGAUGACAGAAACCUCCCCAUCACGUCCUUCUACCAGAGAGACCUGCGGGAUCUGAAAAUAGCUUACAAGCCACCCUCCUUGGAUUCAGACACUGAGAGAAUUUUCCAGCUUGAGUUUGAGGUGGUGGACACAGACGGGGCCGUCUCAGACCCGUUUGCUUUCAUGAUCGUUGUGAAGCCGAUGAACUCUCUGGCCCCCGUUGUGACACGUAACACGGGCCAGCUGCUGUACGAGGGCCAGUCUCGGCCCCUCUUCAGCGCCCACAACUUGGAGAUCAGCGAUGAGGACAACCUGGACGCUGUUACGAUCACAGUUGUGGACGGGCUGCGCCACGGGGACCUCACAGUCCUGGGCUCCCACAGGAAAUUCUUCACACCUGCCGACCUGACUGCGGGAGUUGUUGUGUACCAGCAUGAUGGCAGUGACACGUACAGUGACAAUAUUGUUUUCAAGAUGACGGAUGGAAAAAAUGAAGUAGAAUUCCUCUUUCCUAUUACAGUCGUUCCCACUGAUGAUGAGCCACCAAUUAUAAAUGCCAACACUGGUUUGGUGCUAUUCAAAAAUCAAAUGAUGCCUAUAUCUCCCCUCAUGCUCAGCGCUGCUGAUAUUGACUCUGAGGACUCAACUAUUAAAUUUACCAUAAUCCCCCCCUUUUCUACAAUUGGCACCGUGCUCCUAAGACAAUCGGAUGCACCAGAGGACCCCUCCUCUUGGAAGUUCAAUGCUGAGGAUGAAGUCUAUGAAAAGGAGGUUACAGAGUGGCUUCAGAAAGAUAUCACCGACGGGAAGUUGUUUUACAAACACACUGGCCCUCACAACACCGACACAGUCAUGGAUCAGUUUGUAUUCACAGUUCAGGAUGACAAUGAUCCCCCUAAUGUAUCAGGAGAGAGCGCUUUCAUAGUUCGUGUUUUGCCUAUCGACGACGUACCCCCCGAGCUGUUCCCUGGCACAACCCUGCAGAUGACCGUUCAGGAGUACAAGCUCACUCACUUUAGCAAAGAAGUUCUGCGCUACACUGAUUUGGACUCCGAAGACCGUGACCUCAAAUACACUGUUAUCCAGCCCCCGACAGACACAGAUGAAAAUAACCCAGUGUUGUUUGGUUCAUUGGUUCUCACAGACAGCCCUGACACUGAGGUCACAGAGUUCACGCAAGCCCAAAUCAACCACCAUAAGAUCUCCUAUGGCCCCCCAGAUGUUGAGCUUGGAAUCACUGCCCAUGUCGUGCAGUUUCGCUACACCGUUGAAGACACAGCUGGGAACAGCGCAGAAGGUGCUUUCACCAUCUACCUCCAGCCAGUCAACAACAAACCGCCUCAGAUUACAAACACCGGCUUUACCGUGUUUGAACGUGGCAUGCAGAUCAUCACCAUUGCUGAGCUGGAUGCCACAGACCUCGACACAGAGAGUAAACUAAUUACCUUUACUCUCAGCCAGCUCCCUAAACAUGGCCAGGUCCAGGUUGCAUUUACUGACCUCGAGGAAAAGGGGGUGUUCAGACUCGAGGACAUCUCAGAGGGGAAGAUUUCAUACGUUCACGGUGGAGAGGAGACAGUGAGUGAUGAAUUUCAGCUGGACGUCAGUGAUGGGAUUCAUACUGUAACCAUAACGGUCAAAGUUAAUGUAAAGCCCGUCGAUGAUGAAACCCCGACUGUUAGCUUGCCCGAGGGAACGAUUGGUUCUCAUAUAGAUGUGCUGGAAAACGGAGCCACAGAAAUCACAAGUAAUGUGAUCCAGGGCCAUGAUGAUGAUACUGAUGACCUGCAGCUGACCUUCAUUGUGGAAAAUCCUCCAGUUAUUGGUGAAAUUUUGGUUAAGGGAGUGCCUGCCUCUAGGUUUACACAGGCCGACAUAAUUAACGGUGUGGUGGUUUAUGCGCACACUAGUGGGGAGAUAGGACUUAUUUCUCAGCAGGAUGGCUUCAACUUGACUCUCACAGACAUGUCUGAUGAUUGGACAGUAGGUGGUAAUAAGGUCAAUGGCGUCCAUGUUCGUGUCACUAUCCUUCCUGUUGAUAGCCAGGCCCCUGAGGUCGGCGUUGGGAUUCAAUUCAGCGUCAUUGAAGGAGAAAAAUAUGCCAUUGGCCCCCAGCACUUGGACGCUGAUGACAGCGACACUCCAACAGAUGAUAUCCUUUGUACCAUCAUUGUUCAACCCACCGCUGGCUACGUGGAAAAUAUAUCCCCUGCCCCAGGCUCAGAAAAGUCCAGGUCAGGAACAGCUAUCAGCGCUUUUACCAUCAGAGACAUCAGGGAGGGAAAUAUUCACUAUGUGCAAAGCAUUCACAAGGGAGUAGAGCCAGUGGAGGACAGGUUCACAUUCAGGUGCUCUGAUGGUAUCAAUUUCUCUGAGAACCUUUUCUUCCCAAUAGUUAUCAUCCCCACCAAUGAUGAAAAGCCAGAGAUUUACUUGAGGGAGAUAGUUGUGAUGGAGGGCAUGAACAUUGUUAUCGACACUCCAAUACUGAACGGCGACGAUUCUGAUAUUCCGCCUGAGGAGCUGGUGUUUAUCAUUUCCAAACCACCCAAACAUGGUGCCAUUUUAAACCAGCUGUCCACCGGCUCCAUUUUGGUGACUAAUUUCACGUUGGAGCAGAUUAGAGAGGCAUCAAGUAUUAUUUAUGAGCAUGAUGACUCAGAGACAACAGAGGACAGCUUUGAUGUCAUUCUGACUGAUGGAAAAUACUCUGUUGAGAAAACAGCCAUGGUUAUGAUCAUCCCUGUCGAUGACGAGACCCCAAGAAUGCUCAUCAAUGAUGGUCUGGAGGUGGAAAUCGGAGAGAGCAAGGAAAUCAACAACAAAGUGCUCAAAGCAACCGAUUUAGAUUCAGAUGACAGUACGCUCACUUAUAUCAUCCGUUUCGGGCCCGGUCAGGGUCUGCUACAGAGAAAAACCCCUUCUGGGUUUGUGGAGAACGUCACACUUGGCAUGAAUUUCACACAAGCUGAAAUCGAUGCAGGGCUCAUAGUGUACACGCACAAUGGACAGGAGGGCAUCCGAGACCUGAUCAAGUUUGAUGUCACCGAUGGAAUGAACCCUCUCAUUGAUCGUUACUUCUACAUCACUGUGGGCAGCAUCGACAUGGUUUUCCCCGAUGUGGUCAGUAAAGGUGUGUCUCUGAGGGAGGGUGGAAGAGUCACUUUGACCACAGAUCUUCUCAGCACCACCGACCUCAACAGCCCUGAUGAGAACCUGGUCUUCACUGUGACAAGGGCCCCAGUCAGGGGCCACUUGGAGUGCACAGAUACCCCUGGGAUGCCCAUUGUGUCUUUCACUCAGCUCCAGCUGGCUGGCAGUAAGGUUUACUACAUUCACACCUCAGAUGACGAGGUGAAGAUGGACAGCUUUGAGUUUGAAGUUACUGAUGGCUUCAACCCUAUUUUCAGAACGUUCCGAAUCUCAAUCGUGGACGUAGAUAAUAAGAAACCUGUCGUGACUGUAAACGGCCUGGUCGUCACAGAAGGGCAGCUCAAGCUGAUUACACCGUUUGAGCUCACUGCUGAAGACCAGGACACGGCCGAGAGACUGAUCAAAUUCAUCAUCACCCAGCUGCCUGUUCAUGGCAAACUACUCUACAACAGGACCACGCCCGUCACUAGCUUCACAAAACAAGACCUCAAUGAAAAUCUUAUCAGCUACAAACACGAUGGAACUGAAUCAUCGGAGGACUCCUUCUCCUUUACUGUCACCGACGGCACACACACUGACUUCUAUGUCCUCCCCGACACCGUUUUUGAGACGAGGCGCCCUCAGACCAUGAAGAUCGUCAUUGUGGCAAUGGACAAUGGCGUCCCACAGAUUGUGGUGAAUAAAGGAGCGCCCACUUUAAAGAUUCUGGACACAGGUCACUUGGGAUUCCCCAUCAGCCCCAAAGUGCUGAGGGCAGAGGACAGAGACAGUAGUCCGGCCACCCUGGUGUUCCACAUCACCGCCCAGCCCAAACACGGUUACAUCGUCAACAUGGGACAAGGAAACAACUCCAUCAACACAUUCAGUCAAGCUGAUAUUGAUGACCUGAACAUCUGCUAUGUGUUGCGGAACGAAGAGAAUGCUACAUCCGAUCUCUUCCACUUCUCCGUCGAAGACAGCGGUGGGAACAAGCUCAAAGGACACCAGUUUCGUCUGGACUGGGCCUGGAUCUCUCUGGAGAAAGAGUACUACGUGGUGGAUGAAGAGGACAAGUUCCUGGAGGUGGUCCUCAGACGCAGAGGGUACCUGGGGGAGACAUCUUUCAUCGGCAUCGGUACGCAGGAUGGCAGCGCGAAAAGGGAGGAGGACUUCAAGGGUAAGUCCCAGAGGCAGGUCCAGUUCAACCCGGGACAGACCACGGCCACGUGGCGCGUUCGGAUCCUGACUGAUGGGAAAUACGAGCAGGCGGAGACCUUCCAGAUUUUGCUGUCCGAGCCGGUGAUGGGAGUGAUGGAGUUCCCCCUGACGGCAACCGUUGAGAUCCUGGAUCCCAAUGAUGAGUCGACUGUCUACUUCCCCGAGCAGAUCCACUCAGUGGAGGAAGAUGUCGGGGAGCUUUUCAUCCCAGUGCACCGCAGCGGAGACAUCGGCGAGGAGCUCAUGGUGGUCUGCUACACACAGCAGGGCUCUGCCACAGGGACGAUUCCCACGACCGUCCUGUCCUACUCGGACUACAUCUCCCGCCCGGAGGAGCACGCCAGCGUCCUGCGCUUCGACAAGGGCGAGCGGGAGAAGCAGUGUCGCGUGGUGAUCAUCGACGACUCCCUGUACGAGGCGGAGGAGAGCUUCAACGUCAGCCUGUCGCUGCCCGUCGGCGGGCGCCUGGGAAUGCACUACCCCACCACCAAAGUCAGCAUCCGGGAGGAUUUGGAUGAUGCUCCAGUGUUUUACUUCGGAGAGGUCGAGUAUCACGUGGAUGAGAGUGAUGGGUACGUGGAGGUCAAAGUGUGGAGGACGGGAACUGAUCUGUCCAAGACUGGGACCGUCACGGUCCGCUCUCGGAAGGCAGAGCCCGUCUCCGCGCAAGCUGGCAUUGACUACGUGGGCAUCAGCAAUAACCUAGACUUCGCCCCGGGCGUCAGCAUGCAGACGUUCAGGGUCACCAUUCUGGAUGACUUGGGGCAGCCGGAGCUGGAGGGAACGGAGAGCUUUGAGCUGGUGCUGCGGAUGCCGGUGAACGGCGUCCUGGGAGAACCUGGGAAGGCCGCAGUCUUCAUAAAUGACUCGGUGUCCGACUUGCCAAAGGUCCAGUUCCGAGAGCCCGUGUACACCGGGGAGGAGAGUGACGGUCGGAUCACGGCGGCCGUGCACCGCAGCGGGGACAUCAGACACAAAUCGUCCGUUCGCUGUUACACCCGUCAGGGCUCCGCGCAGGUGGCCUCUGACUUUGACGAGCGACCCAACACAGACGCGUCGAUCAUCACUUUCUUGCCAGGCGAGGCGGAGAAGCCGUGUGUUCUGUCACUUGUUGACGAUACGCUGUACGAGGAAGGAGAAGAGCUGCGGCUGGUCUUAGGGAACCCAAAGAGCAACUCGCAGUUUGGCGCAUCGGUCGGCGCUCUGAACGAGACUCUGGUGAAAAUCAAGGACUCAGCUGACAAACCCGUUAUCCGCUUUCUGGAAACCAAGUUCAGCGUCAGUGAGCCGAAGGAAGCUGGAGCUGUGGCGACUGUGAGGAUCCCCGUGGUUCGGGUGGGCGACACGUCGAAGGUGUCGCUGGUUCGCGUUCACACCAAAGACGGUUCCGCGGUCUCAGGGGAGGACUACUAUCCCGUGUCCCGGGACAUUGAGUUCAAACAGGGGGAAAAACAACAUGUGGUGGAGGUCGAGGUCCUGUUUGACGGAGUCAGAGAAAUGAGGGAAGCCUUCACUCUCCAUCUGAAGCCCGACGAGAACAUGGUGGCCGAAACUCAGGUGACUAAAGUGAUAGUUUACAUCGAGGAGACCAACAGCAUGGCUGACGUCACUUUCCCCUCCCUGCCCCAUGUGGUUUCGCUGCUCCAUUACGAUGAUGUCGCCAGGACGCCAGACAACCUUCACCCACCAGCUGGUUACCCAGUCAUCUGCGUCACAGCGUGCAACACGAAAUACCCCGACUACGACAAGACGGGCUCGAUCUGUGUCAGCGAGCACAUCAACAACACCCUGACCCGCUACCGCUGGCUCAUCAGCGCCCCAGCCGGCCCCGACGGCGUCACCAGCCCCGUGAGGGAGGCGGACUUUGACACGUUCUUCACCUCCUCCAAGAUGAUCACGCUGGACUCAGUCUACUUCCAAGCGGGCUCCAGGGUCCAGUGCGCAGCGAGGGCCGUGAAUUCGAACGGGGAUGAGGGUUUGGAGCUCAGCAGCCCCAUUGUCACUAUCAGCCGGGAGGAAGGGAUGUGCCAGCCGCGCAAGAUGGGGACUGUCGGCGCUGAGCCUUUCUCCGCCAAGCUACGCUACACUGGAGCGGACGACCCGAAGCACCCCAACCUCAUCAAAGUGACUGUCACCAUGCCUCAUAUAGACGGUAUGCUCCCGGUGAUCUCCACUCGUCCUCUCAUGAACUUUGAGCUGACUCUGAGUCCCGACGGGACCCGGGUGGGAAACCACCGCUGCUCCAACUUGCUCGACUACAAUGAGGUCACCACGGGCCACGGCUUCAUCACCGCCUCGACGCGCAGCCCCGAGAGCAUGGGAGACUCCGAGCCGUAUCAGUUCAGCGGCUCCCUGCGGGGGAACGGCACGCUGCGUUUCUACAGGAACCUCAACCUGGAGGCCUGUCUCUGGGAGUUCACCAGCUACUACCACAUGUCUGAGCUGCUCACGGACUGCGGGGGAACCAUAGGGACUGACGGACAGGUGCUGAAUCUGGUCCAGUCCUACGUGACCUUGCGUGUUCCCCUUUAUGUGUCUUACGUGUUCCACUCCCCGGUGGGAACCGGUGGCUGGCAGCACUUCGACCUUCAGUCCGAGCUGCGCCUCACUUUUGUGUACGACACAGCCAUUCUCUGGAAGGAUGGCAUCGGCAGCCCCCCGCAGGCAGAGCUACAGGGUGCACUCUAUCCUACAAGCAUGCGUAUCAAUGAGCAGGGACGUUUGGUGGUGAACUUCCGCACCAAGGCUCAGUUCAGGGGUCUGUUUGUGGAGGCGCAUUCGUCAGGCAGAAUACGAAGAGCUGCAGCCUCCAUGUCGUCCAUGGUGAUGAGUGUGGACCACCCUGGCCUGACAUUUAACCUGACCUUAGUGAGGAGCGAGCCCACCUACAACCAACCAGUCCAGCAGUGGACCUUCACUUCAGAUUUUGCGGUGAGAGACUACUCUGGGACCUACACCGUGAAGCUGAUCCCCUGUACAACGGCCCAGAAUAUGGAGUACACCGUUCCACCUGUCUGUAGCCCCAGAGAACCGGUCACAUUUGACCUAGACAUCAGAUUCCAGCAAGUGAGCGACCCAGUUGCGGUGGAAUUCAGCCUGAACACUCAGAUGUUUUUGCUGUCCAAGAGGACCUUGUGGCUUUCUGAUGGAUCUAUGGGUUUCGGUCAAGAGAGUGACGCAGCCUUCUCUGAGGGUGACACAAUAUAUGGACGUGUCAUGGUGGACCCCGUGCAGAACCUGGGAGAUUCCUUUUUCUGUAGCAUAGAGAAAGUGUUUCUCUGCACUGGCGCCGAUGGAUAUGUUCCCAAGUAUAACCCGACAAAGUUUGAAUUCGGCUGUCUGGCUGACUCCCCUUCACUGCUUUACAGAUUCAAGAUUCUUGACAAGGCUCAGCCGGAGACUCAGGCGCGUCACUUUGGCGAUGUCGGUUUUAAUGCUCUGCUGGCAGUGGAUGAUCCAUCAGCUAUGUCUCUCGUCAGACAGCCGGGGUCUGAUGGCUUCAGACUGGACUCCACAGCCAUGUUCCAGGUUGCUGCAGGCCGUGAAUGGUUCAUUCACACCAUUUACACGGUUCGCUCCAAAGACAACGCCAACAGAGGCAUUGGAAAGCGCAGCCUGGAGUACCACUCCCUCGUUUCCACGAGCGACGAGCUGGCCUUGAGCCCAUCAGUCGGCGAAAGCCAUCGGCGUCGACGGAGGUCAGCCGGCGACGACGUCCCACCGGUCGCUGAAGACAUUGGAGCAGACAACAACCGCGGUACCAAUAUUAUGCACAUCGCCCUGGACCGUACCAAGCGCAGGUCGGGGGGGUCAAACGAGCUGCUCCCCGAUGAGCUGGAACCUAGCGAGCUGAACGCCAAGGAGGAAGACGAAGGCGUGGUGACCGUGGUGGGGGUGCUGGUCGGGCUGUUGCUCACUGUCCUCAUUAUUGUCACCAUCGUACUGGUGCUCAGAUCCAGACAGAAGGAUGGCAAGGAGGGAUGGAGGGAGGGUGUGCAGGAGGUGGUGAAAGGAUCUGUCAGUACCGAGCCCAUGCUGGUGGUGAGGAUGCAAGACUGCCACAACGGCUCAGAGGUCUGAGCGGUUGAGUGCGUGGAAGGUCAGACGGACGGACAGCGGGACGUAGGGAGGAUGUGAGGGUUUUUAUAGUUUUUUGGAUUUUCUUUUUCUUUUUUCUUUUUUUUUAACUGCUGUUGAAUCACUUUCCGAAACACCAAAAAACGCGGUUGAUCAUGUGAGUUAUUACGUGUGCCUGUUAACGGGGGGAGAUUUCUACAACACUGACACCAUUACAUACCUUGACCACAGUGGCAGCGAACAGCACGACAGUCCUAUUCGUAGUUUUUAUUUAACAUUCCAGCUCGUGCUGCUAGUAGCGCGGUAUUUCCUCUCUCUGUGUCUCUUACUGGCUUUGUGGUGUUAAAGUGCCUGAGGCAACUAUACCACUUCAGGACAGGUGAGAUGUAUUGCGGUUUCAGCUCUGGCAACCGGGGCCAGAUGUCAGGGUACUGAACGCUCAUCGAAAAACAUGAGACCAUUGACCUGACCUCAUGUCAGUCAAAAUUCUAUUGAAACUUAUGAACCCCGGUACUUGUGUGUGUCUCCCAAACUGUGAAUGUUUUUCUACAGCUUACAAACACACAUAUUGUGCGUCGCAUUCUAACCAUACCUUAUUAGAUUAUGGGUGCAAGAUUACAGGAUCUUUAAUAUCUUCUCGCUUUCUGUCCUAUGAACUCAAUUGGCAUCCGUUUUGGAAAUUGACACCUAAAUACGGGACUGAAUAUCGUCGUCGUAGACUACCAGUUGUUUUGGGUUACAACAUUUUGGCUAUGCUGCAUGAGUACAAUAAUAAGAAUUCUGGGGUGUACUGUGCCUAAUAUUUUGUCAUGACAUAUUUGCUGAGACAAGUCAUUCUGAAUUACGCACUGUGUAAAGAACAACACAACGUGUCAACUAAACCUUGAGAGUUCCCUUUUCUGAGUCUGUCCAUGUCUGAUGUUCUUUAUUUUGUCUACCAUAUGAUGAGGAACGGUGUCUGAGAUUGUACUGAGCAUGCCUUUUUCUGGUGAGACAGUUUGUUCAUUUCUACAACUGUUUGCAUUUGUGUUAUUUCCUCUAUAGUGCGUUCAUCACUGCUUCCGGGCCGCCACAGCGUCUCACUUCUAUCCAUCCUCGCGGUGUUGUCGCUCCACUAUGUCUUUCUUUCAUAUUUAUUAAAAAAAAAUAGGGCAUAUUAUAUAAAAUUUAAAUAAAGAAAACACUGGUUAAGGUUUGUUAAAAACAAUCAUCUCAGGAGUAAUUUCUUUUACAGAAAAUGGACUGUGUGUUGUAACACAAUUUACUACUGUCAGCUGAAGAAAAUCUCCACAGAGCCACUAUCAGCUUGUUUUUUUAUUUUUAUGUUCACACUUUUAAUGAGUGUGGUGCUGUGAACGGUCGCAUAUCCGCAUUCAACGAUCUGACCCCCCCGUUUUCUCUCACGUUUCGUUCCCCUUAGCUUUACUUGUCACUUGCGCUGUGUGGGAUUUCACUGUUCUGACUCAUGUUUUCAUUACAAACGAUGCAACCCGACAUAGCUGCGUACAGAUCAGUACGUCACCACGAAGAACACCGCGUUUGAGACGUUAUACAGUAUAAUCGCGUCAUUUCGUUGAGGCCACCGCUGACAUUUCUCGUUUCUGUGUAUUGUUAAUGGAUGUGCAACAUACUGAGAUCAGUGUUCCUAAAUAUGCGUCUGAAUAUGGUGUUGUAAGUCAUCAUUGUGUUUUUACUUCUAAUGUUUGUCAGGGUUAGCUGAUGUGAACGUGACCCGGAAAUGUGACGAUUGAUUUAUAAUGGCCGGCUGAAACCCAGCUGUAAAGUUUUUUUUGUUUGUUUGUUUGUUUGUUUGUUUGUUUUUCCGUUGGCCCUAACGAAUUUGGAAAUAGCACCAUAUCUGACGUCAAAUGCACUUUUUUGAGUCACAUCCCUCACACGCCAGUACAAGCUAUGCAAUGCAAUGUAUACUUCACAGCCAGUUAUGUCCCCAUGUACAGCAUAUGACAAUUUUAGCACAAACAAUCAAACUUGAUAUUCACUUCGUGUCUUUUUAUGAAUGGGUUUUUAUGUAUAUGUAUUUAAGAAUAAAUAUUGUUUACUGGUG